CUUCGCUGCUGAGCCACUGUCUGUUUUGACAAGUGUGGUAACUUUAUUUUUGCACUUCACACAAAUGGAAUAAAGACGAGGAUGGAGUCCUUCUGGGGGAAUAUCGUCUUCACUAUAAUUGUCAUAACUGACAGCAUCUGGCAGGCACAGUCCUUCAACCUUGGUACUGCAGGUGCUAAGAUCUUCAGUGGAUCAGCAACAGAAGAGUUUGGUUACACAGUCCAACAAGUCGAAAACCAUCAGGGCAAAUGGCUCUUGGUUGGUGCUCCUUGGAGUGGUUAUAGUCAAAACAGGAAGGGGAAUAUUUACAAGUGUCCCAUCACAGGAUCCCAAAACAGUUGCGACAAGCUCAACCUGCAAAAUUCUGUCAGUAUUCCAGAUGUUAAAAAUGUCAACAACAACAUGUCACUGGGUUUGACUCUCACUCGGAUGACUGAUGAAAAGGGUUUGAUGAUGUGCGGUCCUCUUUGGGGUCAGAACUGUGGGACUCAAAACUUCUACCCAGGAAUAUGUGCCAGAUUGGACCCCCUCUUUCAGCCUCAACCUGCCAUCUCUCCUGCUGUCCAGUCAUGUGGAGGGCCGAUGGACAUUGUGAUUGUUUUGGAUGGCUCCAACAGCAUUUUUCCUUGGGAACCCAUUACAGAUUUCCUGAAGAAACUAUUACCCACUCUCGACAUCGGACCCCAGAGUACACAGGUCAGCGUCAUUCAGUAUGCUGUUUACCCCAAAAUUGAAUUCACACUGAAUCAGUUUGAAACCAAAGACAAGAUGAUUGUUGCAGCAUCAAAAAUCACACAGAUGUCUGGUGACAUGACCAAUACCUUCGAGGCAAUCGAGUAUGCCAGUAAAGAGGGUUUCAGUGAGAGUAACGGUGGCCGACCGGGUGCUGCCAAAGUGAUGGUGGUUGUCACUGACGGUGAAUCUCACGAUUCUUCUGAGACGAAAAGAGUCAUUGCCAGUUGUGAGAAGCAGGGCAUUACUCGCUUCGGUAUUGCUGUCUUGGGUUAUUACACAAGGAAUCAGAUCGACACAAAAGACCUUAUAAAUGAAAUCAAAUCCAUUGCCAGUUCACCCAUAGAGAAACAUUUCUUUAAUGUAUCAGAAGAGGCAGUCCUCUCCACCAUUGCUGGAACUCUGGGCGACCGCAUCUUCAACAUAGAAGGCACUGGAAAAGGGGCUGACAACUUCAAAAUGGAGAUGUCCCAGGUCGGAUUCAGUACUCACUACUCCAGCCAACAGGAUGUGCUGAUGCUCGGAGCAGUGGGAGCCUACGCCUGGAGCGGGACCGUCGUGCAUCAAAAAGGGUCAAAAGCAGAUAUUCUCCCUUUCUCAGCCUUUGAGGAAUCACUGCAAGACAGAAACCACAGCUCACUACUGGGUUACUCUGUCACAACACUGCGUGAUGGACCUACCGAGUACUUUGUGGCUGGUGCACCUCGCUCCAACCACUCUGGACAAGUUAUUGUUUACACUAUCAAUGCUCAGAAGCAGUCUAGUAUCAUAGACUCACAAAGAGGGAAACAGAUCGGCUCAUACUUUGGAAGUGUGUUGUGCGCUCUGGAUGUGGACAAAGAUGGGACAACAGACCUCCUGCUGGUUGGUGCACCCAUGUACAUGAGUGAGCUAAAGAAAGAGCAAGGCAGGGUCUAUCUCUUCUCUGUCACCAAGGGCAUACUGAACGAGCGGGGAUUCCUCAAUGGUCCACCCCAAACUGAGGAUGCGCGUUUUGGGAUGGCUAUCUCUGCCAUUCCUGACCUGGACCUAGAUGGAUUCAGUGAUGUUGUAGUUGGAGCGCCACUAGAAGACAAAGGAAAAGGUCUUAUUUACAUCUACAAUGGACAGAAGAAAAUGCUAAACACACAGUUCUCACAGAAAAUUCUGGGCUCCAGCCUGGAUCCUCAACUGAAGUACUUUGGAAGAUCUCUAGACAGCUAUAAAGAUCUAAAUGGUGAUAAACUCCCUGACAUCUCAGUUGGAGCCUAUGGCAAAGUGGUGCAACUCUGGUCCCGUGGCGUGGCGUCUGUGACAGUUAAAGCUUCUUUCAACCCUGAUAAAAUCAACGUUUUUAACAAACCCUGCAGCAUUAAUGGCCGAAAGCUUUCAUGCUUCAUCACCAACCUCUGUUUCACUGCUGCAUUUAGGCCCACAACUCCUGUUGGACCCAUUGAUAUUACAUACACUUUGACUCUGGAUGCCGACUUGCUGUCUUCAAGAGUGUCAUCGAGAGGAAUGUUUACAAAAAAUAACGAACGUUUCCUGACAGAAAAGGCAAAAGUAUCAUCAACAGACCUCUGUCGAGAUUACCAGGUUUAUGUUCAGGAGGCGCCAGACUUCGUGAAUUCCCUCAGUCUGAAAGUAGAAAUUGGACAAGAGAAUGUAAAUGCAAACCCUGUCCUCGACGUGUUUUCACCAAAUGCCCAGGAGUUCUUUAUCCCCUUCACAAAAGACUGCGGCUCUGAUGAGGUGUGCGUCAGUGAUCUAGUGCUGAGUGUGAAGACGGAUUCAAAGACAUCCAGCUCAGCACCCAUUCUGGUGAGUGCCAACAACCGAGAGCUGUCAUUUGAAGUUGCUGUGAAGAACAAAAAGGAGAACGCGUACAACACACAAGUCGUGGUAACUUACUCCAGUAACCUCUACUACUCCUCCGUCAUUCCUCCAACAGAUGGAGAUGGAGUCAAAUGCACCUCACAAACGGAAAAGGUUAUUUGCCAAGUAGGAUAUCCAGCAUUAAAGAAAGACCAAGAGGUGAAAUUUCACAUCAAUUUUGAAUACAGUCUUAAUCAGCUGCAAAACAAAGCCAGUCUAAAUUUUGAGGCCAAGAGUGAUAGCGAAGAGGAGACAGCUACAGACAAUAAGGUGGAAAUAUCCAUUCCUAUUCGGUAUGAUACGGGAAUUGUUUUAUCCAGGGAGGCAAAUAUUGAUUUCUUUGUGGCAGAUGCAACCACUCCAGUUUUAACAGUGAAAUCCUUCGAUGACAUCGGCCCAGAGUUUAGCUUUACAGUGAAGGUUUCUACAAGUAACUUCCCUGUGAGCCUUCUGUCUUUGACCAUUGCUCUGCCAAUGACCACUAAAGGUGGAAAUCCGCUUCUAUAUGUCACCAGAGUGGAGACACAAGCAGGAGGUUCAGUCAGCUGUGAUAUCAGUAAUCUCGUCAAUCCUCUGAAGAUUGGUGUGGACAUCAAGAAAGUGUCGUUCUCUGAGGAGAGCUUCAGAGGGAUGGAGAAACUGGACUGCAAGAGCGCAAAAUGUGAAUAUAUAAAAUGCAUCCUCAAAGACAUGGAAAUUAAGAGCAACUACUUUGUGAACGUUAAAACGAGGAUCUGGAACGGCACAUUUAUUUCAGCCACCUAUCAGACUGUUGAGCUGACCUCCAGUUUGGAAGUGGAGACCUCCAACCCUGAUCUGCUCAUUAUUGGCAACAAACAGCUGUCUGUUGGGUUGAGAGUCAGCAAACCAGGAGAGAAGGGUGAUGUUCCAGUAGGAGUGAUAGCUGGCAGUGUCAUAGCUGGACUGGUGCUGUUGGCUCUGGCUGUUGUGCUGCUGUGGAAGUUUGGGUUUUUCAAAAGAAAGUACCAGCAGCUUCAGAGGGAUGAAGAUGCACAGAGCAACGCGCACGUCGAUGAAGUGCUGUGAGGAGAAAGCCCGCAGCCUUCUCCUGCUGCUGGUACUUCUCAUUAGUUCUCGUAAAGUGUAAAUAGACUGCAGCGCCGUCACUGGAAGCUGGGCGUUUUACUGGAAAUGGGAGCUUCAGUUUGUGGGUUACUGGGAUUCAGCGCUUUGUCCACUUUACAGAGGACUUUUAUCGAUCUUUAUUUUUUUUGCUUUGUUGAGUAUUUGCACUGACUUUGAAAUGUCUCUGUUAAAAACUGUAUUGUUUGCUAACAUUAGCAUCCUUAUGUACUGCAGUGAUUUUUAGGCCUUUGGUGAGAUCCUCAGUUUGGAUGCCAGCGUUGGCAUUGAGUUUCACACUGUAAAACUGUUUGUUUUUGACAAAUUUUGAAUAUCACUCUUUCAAUUAGAAAUCCUAAUGAAUGUAGCACGUUUGUCAAAAUAUUAACCUUUUUAGCAGGCAGUCACUCUGUAGUGUAAACUGCCUUAAGAUCCAUCACCUCUGGCACUCAGGACUGUUUUUUCUAAUAAGAUUAUUGAUAUCAGGAGCUUAUAUGCAAAACAGAAACAUUACCUGAAAUAUGCAAUUAUUGUGUUAGUACUGUAUCUAAAUUCAAAUCAUGGGGUUUCAUAUUCAGUUUUAUAUAUGAAAACACUGUUGGCAUUAUGGGUCAAUGGAGUGGCUAUUUGGGUUACUAGGGGGCCAAACAGCGACACUGCAGGCAGCCAUAAUAAUUCUAGGUUUUAAUAUUAUUAUUAUUAUUAUUACUUCAUCAUCAACAAUGUUUUUUCCCCUCUCCAAUGGGAGUCUAUGGCAGCCCCUAGAACUGUCUGGUCAAAAGUUGUGAAAUUUGGCACACUUCCUCAGGACGGUCUCAUUAUCAUUUUCACCAAGUUAUGUGCCACUACCUUGAUUACUCUAGCGCCACCAUUGGGGCAAAAUUGGAAUUGCGUUUGCGACCGUAACUUGUGACCCAUGUGGCUGAUUUUCAGACUCGAGGUACUGUUGGAAUCCAUGAAUUUAGCCAAGUUCAAUGCACCUCAUGACAUCAUUUUCUACCAUAUUGGAUUUUAUGGAAAUCCUUCAAAAGUUUUCACAGGUCACAAAGUUUGUCCAGUAUUCACCAAAAUUGACUCAGAUUAUCUUCAGGCCAAGUCUCACAAAUGUUAUCAAAUGGAUUUUUGAUUGUCCAAAGCACUUGCUCAUCAGAGCCGAUCAAAAUCAGCUGCGAAGUCACCAAAUAGGAGCUGAGCUCAAAUCUUGGCAACGCUUGGGACCCCUUCAGAAAGAAGCUUGAUCAUUUUGGUGACGCUUGGCUGUGAUUAACAAAAGCAUCUUUUACCAUACACCUGGCAGGCAGAGCUUAACACAUCUUCCUUACUAUUCUCACAACUUGUUUCCUUUUGCGUCUCGCUGCUUGGCCCCCUCAUUGCUGCUUGCAGCUAUAUUUUUAUAUCGUUAUUGAUGAUAUUUGUACGAUGCCAUUAAUGUCACAAUUUUUCAGGUAUGACAAGUUUAGUAGCAUAUUGUUUAAGGAUGACCAUUUAUGCGUAAGUGUGUAUCAUUCUAUUUAUUUUUAUCAGUUAAUCAAAGAAUGGUUUCCAUAUUUCAUUUCAGAUAACAGAUGUAUAGCAGGACCCAAGAGGGUGUUUUCAAACUGGCUGUCUUUUUUUUCCAACACAGAGGAAAAAAAAAACCAAACGAUUAACAACACAAGACAAAGAAGGCAGAAUAUGCCAGCAAUGUUUUGGCACUUUUGCGUGAUUUUCUCUUUCAGACCUUAUUUUGGAGGUUAAAAGGAUGUUUUCCUUUAAAUCAACAAGGGACACAGUGUUUAACUUUCAUCCCUGUGCAUAUUGCACACUACAGAGCAAAAAGUGUUGUACUUACAAAUGUACCUGAGAUGUGGUAUCAUGGUUACUGCUUUUUGUUGGUUGCAAAACAGCAGCCAGGGUAAUUUAAUCCUUAAACACAUUCAGUCUGUAUCCAUGUUUCCUAAUUAAAGCAGGAAGUUUUUGAAAAGAUUGAACAAAUCCAGUGCUUUGAGGGCCAAACAUGUACUGGCACUGCUUUGCCACAAGAUGGCAGCAUGUUAUAAAAGGCAAUCUGUGAAUGCGCUUUAAUUUCUUCAUUGCUCUGUUAAUGAUUUGGACAUUCCAUACUCUUAUCAAAUUGUCUAUCAUCAUUAAGGAAUUAUCAGUUGGAUUUAGUUUGUCUUUUUUGUCCUCUGUGACCCCAGUCUGCUCCUCCUUUCCUCUCCUCUGACCCUGCUGGGAACCCUACUUGGACCACUCCAGUACAACUGAAGGUUCCCCUCAAACUCAAUUAAUUUCCUCUCACAUUUUUGACUGUCAGGUUCUCCCACCGUUAGGUUAGUCUGUCCCUUGACUGUUUAGGAAUGUGUUUCUGAAUGUUUUCCUUUCCAGCAAGCCAACACCAGCACCCAGCAGAGUCUUUAGUGUACAUUUCAUUGGAACUGGCUCAAUGGAAUAUGCUAUUUGUCUCUAAUAAGUGGCAUAUUUCUUGGGAGUUUGUGCUGGAGCCUCCUUGUUGGAGAGAAUAUAUAGCAUAUGAUAAAUGACUGAACUACACUGUUUCACUAUUACUCAUUUGUUGCAGUGUUGUGAAACAGCCUUUGGAUUCUGUCUAUAUGUGUACAGGGAGCGAUGUGGAAAGAGCUGAUGAAAUGAGAUACAGUGAAAGUGUUUGUAUACUGUUUGCAAAUUCAGCUCGCCGGGCUUUCCUGGAGAUGAUUGGCGGCUCCUGCCAAAUAAAUGAGUUAUCUCAUAAAGGGGUGAUUACUCACAAACUGCUGUAACAUGAGGUCAGAGCAGAUGAUUUAAUAACUGUUGGCCUUUUUUUUUGCACUUUGUUAAAUCUUCAGCAUUUCCUGCAUAUUAACUAUAAACCCCACAUAGUGAAACCAAGGUGCUGAAUUUUUCCAUUUCUGUCUUUAGAUAAUAAAAAAACUUGAAAAAUUCUACAGACAUGGUCAAAGUAGAUUAUAGAUAUUUUAGCAUGCAGUAUUGCAGCCUAAUCUUUUGGGAUUUAACACACCCCCAUGACAUCAAGAGUGUGUGCAAUGAAUCAAGUUUUUAUUACAAUCUAUGGCAGUGAUUUAGAGUAGCAAAACAUUCCAGUUAGUACUAAACAUUUGCUUCAUGGGUCUGUUUGAACCAAAUUCAGCUCAGAGCCUGAGCCCUGCUUGUCCCUUUGCUUAGGCCAUUAAUGGCUUCAGGACCACAGCCAGCACUUUAAAGUUGAUACAGCAGGACAGAAGAGUACUUGCAUGUUGGGACAUGUUUUGGAAACUUCAACUCUUCAGAGACACUGAUCUCACAAAUCAUUCACACCAGACACUGAAUGAUUUGUCAAACAUAACUCAAGAUCAAAUGGAUGUUUUUUUUUAAUUUGUUGAAAGGAACAAUUGUAUCAAAUAUCAAUUAGAAAUUCCAAAACAAGUAAUAUAUGAGUCAGCUGCUGUAAGGUCUAUAUAUGACCUAAUUUGUUGGCACAUUUGUUCAUUUUGUUGUCAAAGGCCAGCUAAAUGGCCACAUUCGCGAAAUUAAUGAACUUAAAUUCUUGAUUUGCCACACAAGAUUUUAUUACCACGUACUUUACACUUUUGAUAAAAUCACAAAUCUUCAGUGGCAUUUAAGCAUAGGGCAUAAAAGUGUCCAAACAGAUUAUAUUUAUUUGAUUUUAGGGACCUUAAUUAAUUCUCAUCACUCAAUGAUGUUUCAGAAAAGUUUGGCUGAAAGGUUAGGUCUUAAUCCAAAUAUGUAAAAUUGCAUAGUGCUCUGGUGAUUACUCUGAUAACAGUCAACACAAGCUAUAAAUCAUUCUGAUAACCCUUUUCUGUAGAAGGUGACCAAUACUGGAUUAAAAUGAAAUAUAAAUAUACAAAUAUUUGCCACCAUGAUAAGCACCACAGAUAAUGGUCCAAAUGUUUGUUUUGGGCCUACAUUUCUUGUAGCUGGAGCAUUUUUAUUUAUUUAAUUUGAUUACAUCCUUGAAGGAGAUACUGUAGCAAGAAUUCCAUCUAAAGCACAAAAAGGGAGCACCUUAAAUAUAAAUGCACAGUCCUUUUUUUUUUUUUUUCAUGUCAUAAAACCGGUUUCACACUAAAAAUCCAGCAGUCAGAAAAGUGUGUUGUCUUCUUAAAUGAUGUGUGACAGGGAAAUGUGAUUGUAAGCUGCAUUAGGAUGUGUGGAUCGUUUUAUU